CUUAUUUUUUUAUAAAUUUCUAUACAUUUCUAGUUUUGGCUAAACCGAUUAAACGUUACGUUUAGGUUUAGGUUAUUUUCGUUUGUUAUCAUAGGUGAUCAUAGGUGUUUAUCGAUUUCUGAUCCAUUUUCUGAACUUUUUGACAUUAAUGCAAUCUAAUUUUGUUUUGUCGCUGCCAUCCUUAACCAAUGUAAAGAAAAUUUGCCUUACACAUGGAAGCAGUGGAAGGAUUUAUUUGCAGGCACUGCGGUGCAUAUAUUCCUUUGUUAGAAACAGCAUCCGUUCAUGAAUGUUUUAAAAACAAAGAUGUAUAUGUAGACAACAAUAAUGUUUUAUUUGUACAUGACAAUUUGGAUGGCCAUGAUAAACCAUGUAAUGACUAUGAGAAAACAAACACUAUAGAAAGUAGUGAACAAUCUACUAAGCAAAGUGCUGUGUGGACUGAUAAAGCUAUAAUGGCUCUUCUCAGCCUUUACGAAGCCAAUGUGCAUAUGUUGGAUCAUCCAAAGAAAAAAACCAAAAUUUGGACAGCAGUAUCAGAUGGUUUAAAAGAUUUCGAAAUCGAAAUGUCCCCUGAUCAAGUAAGAUGGAAGAUGAACAUAUUGCAAAAAAAAUACAAAGAAUGUUGUGACAAUAAUAACAAGUCCGGUAGGGGUAAAAUGGAAUUUAAAUGGUAUGAUCAAUUGGAUGAAAUAUUUGGUAGAAAUAAAGACGCUAUUGCUGCCCAUACCGUAUCAAGUAAAAUAAUAAAACAAGCUUCCGAGUCUACAUUAUCCAGCCAAAAGAACAUUGGAAAUUGUACUUCUGAGUCGCCAUCGUCGGCUGAGAUUCCUGCAACUCCUAUUGCUUCUACUUCUUUGUCAAUUAAUAAUAAAAAUGCAAAAAAACAAUUUCGUAUUCGGCGUGGAACAGGUUCGAACUUAGCAGAUAAAAAAUUAAACAUUGAACAUCAGUGGCUUAAAUUUUUAGAAAACAAAGAAGUAAGAGAUACUGAACGUGAUAAAAGGAUUGCGAAAUCUGAAGAAAGAACAACCGAGAGUUUCACGCUCAAGAAAAAAUUAAUAGCUUUAAAAAGACAAGAAAUAGAACAAAAAAGAGAAUUAUUAAAUAAAAAAUUAAAAGAUAAAGAAAAUAGGCAUGCUGAAAUUAUACAAAUAGAAAAAACAAAAUGUAAAUUACUGAAAAAAUUAUUAUAUCAAACAAAUUUAAAAAUAUCCGACGAUUCUGACGAAUAGUAACUGAUUAACAUUGAUACUAAUAUUAGAGCAGUUAAUAAAACUGUUAUAGUUAGAAA